UGCCCGAAAAAUCAUACGAAGAGGAAAAUUCGUUACGCUGCACUGGGACUUCUCGAGGUGCUCUGAAAAAUCGAUUGGUCGCAAAGAAAGUGGCGACCGCGAAAUAAUGAAGGAUUUUGGGUCCUCCAAGGGAGCUUAACUCCUGGGAAAAUCAACCAGAGAUGGCGAGAUGAAGGCGGUCUGCCAGUGAAAACUUGCCAGUUAUUUGAUCGCUGGAGGAGAAAAGAGACGUGAACAAGCUGCAGAAAUGUCGAAAAUGAGGGGUCGCAUUCUGAUCCCACUGCCCAAUACCGGAGCAAUGGGUCGCAAGCGCAAUAACUUCUACAUGAGGAGCGUAUUCCUGCUGGCCCUGUGCAUUUUUGGCCUGCUGCAGUACCACAAUUUUAACUAUCUGGACUCGCGGGACAAUGUGCUGGGCGAUGCGGUCACCAACGACUCGGAUGAUGCCAUUUUGGCCAUGGUGCCCGCCACUCUUCAUAAAUAUCUAACGCCCCACUCCCGGAAUCACACCACCUCGGCUGCAGGAGGAGGAGGAGUCCUUUCCGCAGCGGUACCCCUUCCAGCCCUUCUGUUGAACACAAGUAGCUCGGGAGCUGCUACGGCCACCACCAUCAGCUUCGAUGUCUACCAUCCUCCGAAUAUCACGGAGAUCAAGCGUCAGAUCGUCAGAUACAACGAUAUGCAGAUGGUGCUCAACGAGGAUGUCUUUGGCCCGCUGCAAAACGACUCUGUGAUAAUUGUGGUCCAGGUGCACACGAGGAUCACCUAUUUGCGCCAUCUGAUUGUCAGUUUGGCUCAGGCUCGGGAUAUUUCCAAGGUGCUGUUGGUGUUCUCACACGAUUACUAUGACGACGACAUCAACGACUUGGUGCAGCAGAUAGACUUUUGCAAGACAAUGCAGAUCUUCUAUCCGUACUCCAUUCAGACGCAUCCUAACGAAUAUCCCGGCGUGGAUCCCAAUGACUGCCCCAGGAAUAUCAAAAAGGAGCAAGCUCUCAUUACCAACUGCAACAAUGCCAUGUAUCCCGAUCUCUAUGGUCACUAUAGGGAGGCAAAGUUUACGCAGACAAAGCACCACUGGAUUUGGAAAGCCAACCGGGUGUUUAAUGAACUGGAGGUGACACGCUAUCACACAGGACUGGUACUUUUCCUGGAAGAAGACCACUAUGUGGCCGAGGACUUCCUAUACCUGCUGGCCAUGAUGCAGCAACGAACCAAAGACUUGUGCCCCCAGUGCAAUGUGCUGUCCCUGGGCACCUAUCUCAAGACCUUUAACUACUACACUUACCACAGCAAGACUAACAAGAAAUCCUAUGCUUCCUCGCUGAUCUCGACAAACAGUCUAUUAGGAUACAAUAGGAACAAUAACAAUAGAAACUCUGUGUCGUCCUCUUACUCCUCCUCAUCAUCAGCAUCAGACUCAGCCUCACCAAAGUCAUCCAAAGUCUAUGUGGGCGACACCACCAGUGACUCCAACAGGCGGGGCAGCAACCUCAUCAACACUGUCACCGCCACCGCCACAGCCGCCACAUCCUCCGACACCACCAGCAAUAAUAAUAAUAAUAACAAUAAUAAUAACGAGCAGAGUAGCCAUGGCAGCGGCAAAAAUGGUGCACAAACAUGGAACUAUCAUGUCCUGCCGUCAUUGUAUUCCGUCUAUCAGAAGGUGGAGGUAAUGCCCUGGGUCAGUAGCAAGCACAACAUGGGCUUCGCCUUUAAUCGCACCACCUGGUCGAAUAUCCGGAAAUGUGCGCGUCACUUUUGCACCUACGAUGAUUACAACUGGGACUGGUCAUUGCAGCACGUUUCGCAGCAGUGCCUGCGGCGGAAGCUCCAUGCGAUGAUCGUCAAGGGUCCCAGGGUCUUCCACAUAGGAGAAUGUGGCGUUCACCACAAGAACAAGAACUGCGAGUCCAACCAGGUGAUCUCGAAGGUGCAGCACGUGCUCCGGAUAGCCCGGAACUCGCACCAGCUCUUCCCGCGAUCCCUCACCCUGACGGUGCCGAGUUUAAUGAAGAAAUCGAAGCUAAGAAAGGGCAACGGCGGAUGGGGAGAUCUGAGGGAUCACGAGCUGUGCCUGAACAUGACGCUGGCCACGAGAUAAGGGCCAGAAUAUGAAGGAAUCUCGGAUCCAGAUCCCCAAAUCAAUCAGUCAGUAGUAGCAGCGAGAGGAAGCCUAGCUCAUAGCGUUAUCUAAGUAGGAUUAUUAAGCAGUAGCCUUAAAAACACACACACACACACUGUAAACGAACAUUCAGCUAACUAACCGAAAAUAAUCAAAGCCAGAAGCCCAAAGCACAACUCAUACUAUAAGUAAUCCUCUAGUCACAUAUACCUACUAUAAACAUAAACAUAAAAUGCCGUGUUGUAAUCUCCUACCUUGUACCGUUUGCCCCUCAGUUUGUAUUGUUUAGGCUCCGUCCAGAUCCCGCAGGAUCGACAGAGUUCCAAGCGACGGGUUAGCCAUCCCUAAAAACUGAAACUACGAAUAUAAACUAGCGAUAGAAUAUAAAUAAAACCUAUUCCCAGAUUGUGCCGAAACCGUUUUAUCAAGCGGUCAUUUAAACUCAAGUCUAGAGGCAGCAAAUCGCAUAAACUAGUCAUACAUAGCAAUGUCUCACCACAAUGCACGUGCUAUAUAACAUCAUAGAUCAAACUUUUGAUAUACCUUACGAUCCUACGUUUUAAGCCUGUACAUAGAUGAAUUGCGUUGUAUACAUUGCAUAAGGUCUUUUUACGAUAUAAACGCGAAAAACUAAUGUAAUUUGUUAUUUUUUAAUCGUUAGUCCAAAGCGCUUUUAUGUAUUAGGAAUUUUUGAUUAAUUGAACGAAUAAUCUUAGUGAAUAAACGCCAAGUAAAUGCUCUACCA